AUGGCACCCUCAAAGCGACGCAAAACGUCCACCAAGUCGGACUCGGCCUCAGGAAAAGCGAGCUCUGGCGUGCGAACCCGGCGCUCCGCGAGCGCACGGGGCGACGUGCCCGACGCAGAUCUCGCAGAUCUCGACGCCGAGCCCGAAGAGCUCAUGUGCCCCAUCACGCGAACCAUGUUCCGCGACCCGGUGAUGCUUUUCGAUUCGGGGCACACGUACGAGAGGGGCGCCAUUUUGGCGCACUUUGAGCGCAACGGGGCCAAGGACCCGCUCACGCGUCGCGCCCUGAGCAGCACGAAGGUGAUGACGAACUGGGCGAUGCGAAACGUGGUUCAGGCUUGGCUGGACAAGCACCCGGGCGUGACGCCCGACGGUUGGGACAGUCGCGAGCUUUUGGAGCCGUCGAGGGAUGUCGGGACGCGAUCAUUCGACGACGAGGGUGACGUCGGAGUGCUCCGGACAUGGCGUGCGAUGUGCCCUGAACUGCAGGGGAUGUGGCCAGAGGACGAGCAACCGGAGUAUUGGGAAGGGGUGACGAUGGAAAACGGCCGGGUGGUGGAGCUCGAGUUGGAAGACGUUGGCCUGACCGGAGCGGUGCCGGCUGAGGUUGGGCGCCUGACUGCGCUAAGGGAGUUGGACCUCAACGGCAAUCAGCUGACGAGCGUGCCGGUGGAGAUCGGGCAGCUCACGUCGCUGGUGAAGUUUGGGCUCGGCGGCAAUGAGCUGACGAGCGUGCCGGCGGAGAUCGGGCAGCUCACGUCGCUGCAGUGGUUGGACCUCAGCGAUAAUCGGCUGGCGAGCGUGCCGGCGGAUAUCGGGCAGCUCACGUCGCUGGAGGGGUUGGGCCUCAACGGCAAUCAGCUGACGAGCGUGCCGGCGGAGAUCUGGCAGCUCACGUCGCUGAAGGUGUUGGGCCUCCGUGGCAAUCAGCUGACGAGCGUGCCGGCAGAGAUCGGGCAGCUCACGUCGCUGAGUGAGUUGAACCUCAACAACAAUCAGCUGACGAGCGUGCCGGCGGAGAUCUGGCAGCUCACGUCGCUGAGGGGGUUGUUCCUCGGCGGCAAUCGGCUAACGAGUGUGCCGGCGGAGAUUGGGCGGCUCACGUCGCUGAGUGAGUUGAACCUCAACAACAAUCAGCUGACGAGCGUGCCGGCGGAGAUCUGGCAGCUCACGUCGCUGAGGGGGUUGUUCCUCGGCGGCAAUCGGCUAACGAGUGUGCCGGCAGAGAUUGGGCGGCUCACGUCGCUGAAGGGGCUGGCCCUCUACGGCAAUCAGCUGACGAGCGUUCCGGCGGAGAUCGGGCAGCUCACGGCGCUGACGGAGUUGUCCCUCCAACGCAACAAGCUGAAGAGCGUGCCCGCGGAGAUCGGGCAGCUCGCGACGCUGAAGGAGUUGUGGCUCAACGACAAUCUGCUGACGAGUGUGCCGGCCGAGAUCGGGCAGCUCAGGGCGCUGACGUCGUUGAACCUCGACCGCAAUCGGCUGACGAGUGUGCCGGCUGCGAUACGCGAGCUCAGAGCGGCGGGCUUCUAUGUGCAGCUGGAUGACGGCCUGACAGUGGACGAGUGA